AUGUCAGUGUUGUCUAUUUCCAUAGACUCAGUUGAUUCCUCUCGAGAUUCUGCAGAAAGAGAUAACCGUCUUUUGAAUUGCAUAGUUAAUCCUGUAGAUUUACUUUUGAUAAAACUUUCGACUUGCGG